AUGAACUUUUUAACUUUAUCUACUGAAAUUGUUGAUGAAAAAGCUGCCGUCAAAUUCUUCCAAAGUCAUGGAAUAAUUGCUGAAGAAAAGGAAUGCAGCAAUGGGCAUCAAAUGAAAAUACAGUUUGGAAAGUAUUUUCGUUGGAGAUGCUACAUUAAAAAAUGUGGAAUACGAAUUGGAACCUGGUUUCAAGAUACCAGGCUCCCCUUCCGCACAGCAGCUCUAUUUAUUUAUAACUGGGAGGAAGAACGGACUUCUGUGGAUUUCUGCAAGAAGGAGCUUUAA